AUGCUAACAAAGUCCAGGUUAUGGCACCAGUUGACAGACGUGUUGAAAGAGUUCUAUGGAAGCCCGUUGUCGGCGGAUUUGCGGUUGCGGGUGUUUACGCAGUUCGUGUCGUCUUUUCAGACCAAGAUUAACCAGUUGAGUCUGGUGUCGUUCGCAUUGGCCUCGGCCGCUCAAUGUGCUGAUAGUGGCGAAGCGUUGCAGUUUGUAUCGAAUAUUGUGGAUAAGGUCAACAGCCCCGAGUCGGUGGAUGCUUAUAUCUAUGCCCAGAUCGAGCUUGCUAGAGUCAAGUUGAGUCUCCAAGAUUUAGAAGGUGCCAAGACUUUGCUUGAUGAGGCUUCAAAGAGUCUUGAUAGCGUGAUUGCUAAUUCUAAUAUCAUUAAUGCUGCGUACUAUGCAGUCAGUUCGGAAUACUUCAAGCUCAAGGCCGAUUUCACCAGCUAUUAUAGAAACUCGCUGCUUUAUCUGGCCUGUAUCGAACUUAAAGAUCUCAGCCAGCUGCAACAACAACAGAGAGCUUAUGAUUUAGCAGUGGCUGCGCUGUUAGGAGACAAGAUUUAUAAUUUUGGAGAACUACUUCUUCACCCGAUUCUCGAGUCGCUUAAGAACACUGAGUAUAAAUGGCUGUGUGAUUUGCUGUUUGCAUUGAAUGCUGGAGAUAUUAAAUCAUUUGAGCAGUUGAGUGGUCAUUUGUCGAAACAGCCCUUGUUACAGAAUUCUCUGCCGUUUCUACGACAAAAGAUCUGUUUGACAGCGUUGACUGAGGCUGUGUUUCAAAGACCCACGUCGUCGCGUAUUCUGAGUUUUGAUACGAUUGCCAAAGAAACACAUCUCGUUCAUAACGAGGUCGAGCAUCUGAUUAUGAAGGCACUCAGUCUCGGGUUAUUGAAAGGAUUCAUUGACCAGGUCGCCGAAACCGUCAUUAUUACCUGGGUGCAACCGCGUGUCAUGAACCUCGCCCAAAUCGAGAGCAUGCGACAACGUCUUGUCAAAUGGGACAGCGAGGUCAAGAACCUCGGCGACUGGAUCCAGGACGCCGGCGCCGAUAUCUGGACUAAUUAA